GCGUGCUCGUUCACGUCAUGUCCAAACGCACGUUCACGUGAACGUAACCAGUGCGUCACUCGCGCGCUGUUUCACUGUUGAUGCGCCUACCUACCCUGAAAGAUGUUUCGAUUUCAGUCCCUGGAUGAAGACUGUACGUUGGAAGAGGAAGAUGACGGAUUAGUAGAAGAAGAAGAAGAUGAAAUUGACCAGUUUAACGAUGACACCUUUGGGGCUGGGGCUAUAGAUGAUGACUGGCAAGAGGAACAUAAGCGCCUUGCUGAGCUUGAUGAGCGAGAUGAACUUGGAGAGGGACUUGGGGUAGGAGUUGGGGUGAAAGAUGAAACAAAUUUCGGAGCAUCUAAGGAUUCAUCAUCCACCCAUGUCACAUCUACAGCCGGCCAGCUUCCCUUUCACUCAGCGUUGUCUUUACCCCACCACUCGUCUUCCUCUGGUAGACAUCAGUCAGAUGUGGAAGAUGGAAGAAGGGAAGGUCACUUGGCUGAAUCGCUGGCAAGACUUGUCCUGGAAGCUGACCCGGCUAUUGCAGGAGUCGGGGCUGCAGAAAGGCCUGUGUUUUCCCAAAACCAAAGGUUGGAGCAUGAGUCAAGGUCCAGACUCCUGCACCAAGCUUCCCCCAUUUCUCAUUCACCUCACCCACACCAGCACCCCCAGCAGCACCAACGGCCUCCUGGGUCCUCCACCUCAGGCCAGCCUCCUUCAUCAAUGCUCACCUACCAACAGCAGCAACAUUUACUUCGUUCAUUACCUAGUACCAUUGGCCAGAUGAACUCACGUAAUAUCUGGGAGAACAGUAUGGGUUUUGGACCAGUCAGUGGUUGCCCCGGAUUAGUUACACACAUGGAGGAUAGUCCAUUAAUGUCAAUAAUAAAAGAGGUGGGACUUCCAAAACGUCCGUCUCAGGGGAGGAAUGACGAAGGACGGGAUCUGUCAGAAAGGGUUCCACCUCCACGCUCGUCUUCUCCUGUGAUUGGCUCCCCUCCAGUAAGGGCAGUGCCGAUUGGAACUCCACCGAAGCAACCGUUGGGUCACUCCUUAAACCAUCAGAUUCAUCAUCCCACUGCAGUUCACGUGAGAGCCCCGAUCCAACACCGAUACCCUCCUCCUUUUCCUGAACGUUUGUCACCCAACACUCUGCUCAAUUUCGCUAACUCACCACUGUGUCGUGGACCAUUUUCUCCAAGAGUCAGUCCAGUGCUGUCACAGAUUCAACGGGCCCAGCUUCUCAACUCUCAGGUGGCCGGAGUUCCCCGUGGUGGUCCGGUGCCUACUUUGUUACCAGCUGGUGGUGGUUUCAGACCAUUUUUCGGUGGCCCACACCCAACACUCGGUCAUCGAAUGGGGCCCCCGCAUCCUCAUGGUCAUCCCAACCACAUGCCACCAAUCGGGCAUAACGCCACUCAUCUCCAUCCUCAACACCGGCGCAUACUUACCCAACGCAUGCAAAACAGGGGCGGAGACCGAAGCAGAACCGGAGGGGACUGGCGCAACAGGGACCCAUACAGUAACCUGAUGACUCAGAAAGAGAAGGAAUGGGUCACCAAAAUCCAAAUGAUGCAGCUUCAAAGCACUGACCCUUUCCUGGAUGACUACUACUAUCAGCACUACUAUGAAAAGAUGGAGAAACGUCAGGAAAAAGAGAGAGACAGCAGUAAAAAAGAGCACACUACCAAGCUCAUCACUCCACAAGUUGCCAAGAUUGAGCACACCUACAGGCCAGUUCAAUUUGCAGGGUCUUUGGGUAAAUUGACAGUGUCAAGUGUCAACAAUCCACGUAAAAUGAUUGACGCAGUAGUGACCACGCGCUCGGAUGACGAGGAGAAGAGGGAAAAGCAGGUUUGGAAUAAAAGACGACAGAUUCUCUACACUGUGGAAAAGAUUUACAGUUUGCUGCUCGAAGUUCAAGACUUUGAGAAACGGUUUGUCCAUGCACCAGAGGAGGACAGGGAGGCUUUACUGGAACAGCACAAAACCAAUACCAUGCAGCUUUGUAACUCUCUGCAAGAGAAGGAGUGGGACGACAGGGUGAGUGAUGAGCGGUGUGUCAUGAUCAUGUCGGUGAGGAAAGGCAAGCGGCUCAUCUCCAGGCUCAUCCCCUACCUACCCCCGUCUCAUGCUGCCGCUGUUGUCAUGGCAAUUGCCCGCAACCUUCCGACCCUGGCCAAAAAGGACAAGCAGGACCAGGUGCUGUGCUGGUUAGUGGAGCCAGUCUCAGCAGUGAUCAUGUCCAUGUCGAGUGCCGCCCUCACAGACUUGCUCCAGGAGCUUCAGGGCAGUGAAGGUCAACUUGCUACAGUACUGCACAACAAGUUUGGUGUGACGCUGCUAUAUCUGAUCUUGAGUGAAGGAGAGAGAAUGCAAAGCUCCGACCCUAACUGUCAGCUCAUGGAUGACAAUCGAUGGACAGAGCUGGUGUUUUCUGUCACCAGGGAAUUGCUCAGCAUCCCCACUUCAUCACUUUCAUCUCCUCUCUUCACACCUACCAACCUGAUUGCCCUCUUUUCACGCUACAUUGACCGACAGCGCUUGGACUUGUUACAGGAAAAGCUACAGAUCUCUGACUUGUCCAGGUAGAAGUUUCUACAUCAUCAAUCCAGCCCACCCCACACUUGAAGACCUGUGUGUGUGUGUGUGUGUGUGUGUGUGUGUGUGUGUGUGUGUGUGCGCGUGCGUGCGUGCGUGCGUGCGUGCGUGCACGUGUGUAGGCGCAUGGUAUCAUUGAGUCAUUUUAAUCCUGUGUGUGCGUGCGUAUGUUUAUGGGAUAGAGAACGAGGGGUGCAUUUGAAUGAAUGGACAACAGUUUUAUGAAUAAUUAAAUCUGCAUUUUUAAAAUCGUAAAUCUUGUUUACAAUUAUGCCUAUGUUGAACCUUCAAAUUAAAAAUUAUUUGUAUUAUAUAAAACGUG